AUGAAUUACCAAGCCACCAUUCUUGCUAUCUUCAUGAUUGUCCUUGUUCUAGGGAUGGAUACGAAAGAGACGCAAGCAGGACAAGAAAUGUGUCAUGAUCUUAUAAAAAAAACAGAUUGCGAUGAUGCUAUGUGUGUCACUAUGUGUAAGCAAAAAUGGAAGGGAAGUGGUGGCUCGUGUUUCCAAAACGUAAAUUUAAAGAGUUGCCUUUGCGCUUUUCCAUGCCAAGUUUGA